ACGCUGAUAAUAGAUAGGGGAUAAUGCUAAUGCUAUAAAAAAACUGAGAGAGAAAGUAACAGACAAACAGUCAUUAGUGAUUCAUCAUCAUCGAUGGAGUUUAGCACUUCUGAGUCGACGAGAAUUCACAACCAGCUAUUCAUUUUCCAUUUCCGAUAAAUCAUCAAAUCAAAGAUAUUUUCAGUUACACAAUGACGACAAUGCUAGAAAGCAACAUUUGCAACCACCAUUCACAUUCUCUUCCCAUUUUCUUCAACCCCAAUUCCAAUCCUAUAUCCGGUGGAAUCUUUCUCGAACCCACACUUCCCGAUUCUUUUCUUCGUUUCAUUUCGUUACCAAUUCCUUCAACUGCUUCCUCCGAAUCAAAUCUUCACCGCCGACAACGGCGAAGGUUUCCACCGCCGGUUGGUUGUUUUUUGUCGGUUAGCUUGCCGAGUAGUAAUAAUCUUCCCGCCGAUUCAAAACCGUUUGUAUUGCAUAAGGAUAAAAAGGUUAGGGCUAGAGAACGCGCUGCUGUUAAUAAUACUACGAAGCAUCUUUGGUCUGGUGCUAUAUCUGCAAUGGUUUCUAGAACUUGUGUUGCACCACUUGAAAGACUUAAGCUGGAAUAUAUUGUUCGUGGUGAGAAGAGGAAUAUCUUUGAGCUUAUAAAGUCAAUUGCUACAACUCAAGGGUUGAGAGGUUUUUGGAAGGGGAACCUUCUAAAUAUUCUGCGAACGGCUCCGUUCAAAGCUGUUAAUUUUAGUGCUUACGAUACGUAUAGAAAACAACUACUUAGAUUCUCUGGAAACGAGGAAACUACCAAUUUUGAGAGGUUUAUUGCUGGUGCUGCUGCUGGGGUUACCGCUACUAUUAUCUGCCUUCCACUUGAUACUAUUCGGACCAAGAUAGUGGCACCUGGUGGAGAAACUUUGGGUGGUGUAAUUGGUGCUUUCCAAUACAUGAUUCAAACAGAAGGCAUCUUUUCUCUAUACAAGGGUUUAGUACCAUCACUUAUAAGCAUGGCUCCUUCCAGUGCAGUCUUUUAUGGUGUAUACGAUAUGCUAAAAUCAUCGUAUCUGCAUUCACCCGAAGGAAAGCAAAGAAUCAAGAAUAUGCAUAAACAUGGGCAGGAACUGAGUGCCUUUGAUCAGCUUGAGUUGGGGCCGGUAAGGACAUUGUUGCAUGGGGCUAUUGCUGGUGCAUGUGCUGAAGCUGCUACAUACCCAUUUGAAGUGGUGAGGAGGCAGCUUCAAUUGCAAGUCCAGUCUACUAAAUUAAGUUCUUUAGCAACUUUUGUCAAAAUUGUGGAACAAGGAGGCAUUUCAGCCCUCUAUGCAGGACUUAUUCCCAGCUUAUUACAGGUACUUCCUUCAGCAUCAAUUAGUUACUUUGUGUAUGAGUUUAUGAAGAUUGUUCUCAAAGUAGAGUAGGCACUGAAAAGAUGAGAUCAUCAGUUUUAUAUGGAUAAGAACUAGUAACCUGAUUUAUAAGUGAGAAUCUGAUAUUGUUGUUGGAAUGGUAAUUUUCAACUUGCAUUGGCUAUAUUUGAUGUUGGCCUUUGAAGUUGAAAACAUAAUUUUGGUCUACCACUCCAUACUUCUGAGAAAGUCAUCACGGUACGAGCACACAGACUCUACCAGCAGAAAGUUUUUGGACUGGCUUUACAGUCAAUAUACCCAGGCACAUAAACUUAGUUGCACUCUGCCAGAUCCUGAUUCUUAUGCUUAUUCCGUCUUCACAUUUUUGUUAACUUCUUUUCCCAUUUGCAGUUGGUUUUUAUCAUUAGCAUGGGUCUGUCCAAGCAAGUAAGUCCCUUUGCUUUAGGUUUUAAUUCUUAAAGUAGCUUAUCGAUUGUUCUUGGGCAUUUUUUGCACCUAACUGGAUACUCUACUUGUGAAUGCACAUGAUUUUGAAGUUUCAUGAAGAGAGGUUUAGUAAAAUCAGGUAAAUUAGA